GCACGUACAAAUUCUGUAUCUCGAGAGACACGUGCACAUUUGAAAUUUUUAAUUCUUUUCUACAGUAGGAGGAAAUGAAGAAAGAGGGAAAGAAAUUUGUGGUUAUAAAAUUCAAUAAUUAUCUUUCUUGUGAAUAUUUGAAUAGAAAAUAAAGAUAUAACUGUAUAACGCGUUAAUCGUUUCAGUAAGUCUUUUACAAUUGGAUACGUCAUCAAACGAAUUGAGCAAAGAACGGAGAUCUAAAAAGGCGUACGAAUAUAGUCAAUGUCACUUUAUGUGCAGUUGGACAAAGUCAUACGUAGAACGAAUUUAAAAUCUAGGAAAGAAGUUGUUACUAUUAGUGCCGUACUUGACAUUCGUUUCACUUUUUAUUAUAGAAUAUUACAAUUAUCGAUAAAUUUUUGCAAUAAAUAGGACCAUUUCAUGAUAUUAAAAAAGUAAUUAGAAUGUGUUUGUUAAAAUAUUCUCGAAUAACAAUUCCUCUAAUAUAAUACGCAUUUGAAAGUAAAAUAAUAUUUUCAGUUGUUACGUUAAAGUGUUUAUAUUAAAGAGUUUUUAAACACAUGAAGAUGCGUAGUAGAAGCAAUUCUGGCGUCCGUUUGGACUAUUACCAGAGAAUAGUUCAUAAGAUUAUUAUGAACCACCAAAACCCUGUUACUGGUCUUUUUCCUGCAAGCAGCGACAAUAAUCAUGCAUGGGUUCGUGAUAAUAUUUAUUGUAUCCUCGCUGUUUGGGGACUUUCAAUGGCAUACAAAAAGAUAGCUGACGUCGAUGAAGAUAGAGCAAAAACUUAUGAAUUAGAACAAAGUUGCGUUAAAUUAAUGAGAGGUUUACUUAUGGCUAUGAUGCAGCAAAAAGAUAAAGUUGAAAAGUUUAAAUCUAGUCAAAAUCCUCUUGAUGCUUUACAUGCUAAAUACAGUUCUGUUAAUGGACAGUCCGUUGUCGGAGAUAACGAAUGGGGUCAUUUACAAAUAGAUGCUACUUCCCUAUAUCUUUUGGUACUUGCUCAGAUGACAGCAUCUGGCUUACAAAUUGUAUUUAAUCUUGACGAGGUUGCUUUUAUACAAAAUUUAGUAUUUUACAUCGAAUCAGCUUAUUGUACUCCUGAUUACGGGAUUUGGGAAAGAGGUGAUAAAACUAAUCAUGGUUUACCUGAAUUAAAUGCUAGCAGUAUUGGAAUGGCAAAAGCUGCAAUGGAAGCUUUGAACGAAUUAGAUUUGUUUGGUGCUAGAGGUGGACCUACUUCCGUAAUUCAUGUAUUAGCUGAUGAAGCACAAAAAUGCCAAGCUGUUUUACAAUCCAUGUUACCUAGAGAAUCAAAUUCUAAAGAAUUGGAUAGUGGAUUAUUGUCUAUAAUAAGUUUCCCUGCAUUUGCGGUAGAUGAACCUAAUUUAAUACAACUAACAAGAGAAGCGAUAACAAGUAAAUUACAAGGACGUUAUGGAUGUAAGAGAUUUUUACGUGAUGGAUAUAGAACACCAAAGGAAGAUCCUAACAGAUUAUAUUACGAACCAUGGGAACUACGCAUGUUUGAAAAUAUAGAAUGCGAGUGGCCAUUAUUUUUUUGUUAUUUAAUAUUAGAUUAUUGUUUCCAAGGAAAUAAAGAAGCAGUAGCAGAGUACUCAAAGUUACUCGAACAAAUAACGAUUAAGGCAGAUGAUGGAAUGAGAUUAGUUCCUGAAUUAUAUUCAGUUGCAUCUGAAAAUGUUGCAGCAGAAUAUAUUCAGCCUGGUAGUCAACCUCGCAUAGCUUUAGGUAGAUAUCCAUUUAUGUGGGCACAAUCUCUUUACAUUUUGGGAAAACUAUUGCAAGAAGGCUUUCUAGCAGUGGGUGAAUUAGAUCCAUUGAAUCGACGUUUGUGCAGUGAAAAAAAACCGGAUGUUGUGGUUCAAGUCGUUAUUUUGGCAGAAGAUGCAGAGAUUAGAGAAAAAAUUGCACAACAUGAUAUUCAUGUCCAAACCAUCGCAGAAGUAGCGCCAAUAGAAGUACAACCAGCAAAAGUACUUAGUCAUUUAUAUACUUAUUUAGGACGAAAUAAAAAGUUAGGAUUAUCUGGCCGUAAAUCAAGAGAUGUUGGAAUCCUGAGUACCAGUAAAUUGUAUUCUCUGCACGAUAAAAUAUUUGCAUUCACACCACAGUUGACAGAUAUGACCCGCUUCUACAUCGCAUCGGACUAUGAGCUCAUGAUUGACAUAUUCAAAGGCGAAAUUAAUUUCUUGAAGUCUAGCUGGCAGAAUAUGUUGGGCCGGCCUCUUGUGGUCAUGCCCCUCAAGAACGUUCAUCUAGAUCAAGGAAAAAUACCAUUGGCAAUGAUAACUACUAUGAAAAAAUUGAAAAGUGGUUAUAUAAAUGGUACUAGGGUAUCACUGGGAAAUCUAAAUGAUUUUCUUAAUACAUCAUGUAUUACGAAUUUGAGCUUCUUAGGUAGUUCAGAAGAUGGACGUCCUGAUAAACUUAAUCCUCAGGUUCAACAAUAUUUAGACGAACACUUGAUGCGUGCUUUUCCUCAUCGCACUGGUCUUCUUAACAAGCCGGUGGUUAGAACUGGAAAAAAUUUGAGACGAAGAAUGUCUGUUAAAGGUGCCAUUAAAAAGACACGAUCUAUAGCUGUUGAACCUGAAAUUUUCGGAAUGACGGCAGAAGACCGUAGACCGUCUGCUGCUAUAAUAAACUUAAAUCCAUUUAUUGAAGUGACAGAUACAACUUUGAGUCCAAGUUCGACGCAACCUCCACACACCGAUCGUACACCAUCUCCUACGGAAGAUAUUCGGAUAUGGAGAACUACUGGAAAAAGUCAUAAAUCUCGAGCCAUAUCUGAGACACAAUAUGCUGAUACAGAAGUUGAAGAAUUAUUAACAAUGCUUCGCGAGACUGAGAGUCUUGAAGAACAGGGAGACAUAUUACAAUAUCUUGUCGACUCACAAGGACUUUAUUUCAAUACGGGCAUGGUAGAAGAAGGUCAUCCAGUAUUAGUAAAAGACUUAUUAAAGGAUCUUUAUGAAAAAGCAUGUCAACAAAAAAUGUGGGGCAUUGUUCGUCACUCUGCUGGUAUGCUAGGAAAAAGAGUAGAAGAUUUAGCGAAAGCUGUCACAGACUUGUUAGUACGACAAAAACAAGUUACUGUUGGAAUGCCACCAAGCAAUGAGCAUACGAUUAUAGCUCCGUUACCCGAGAAUGAAUUAAGAUUUUUGAUUCAUCAAGCAUAUGGAGAUGAUGAAUCCACAGCUAUGUUAACACAGGAAUUGCUUGUAUAUUUAGCUAUGUUUAUUAGAACAGAACCGCAGCUAUUUCAUGAAAUGUUGAGGCUUAGGGUUGGCUUAAUUAUUCAAGUAAUGGCCACGGAAUUGUCAAGAACAUUGAUUUGUACGGGUGAAGAAGCUUCCGAACAUUUAUUGAAUUUAUCUCCAUUUGAAAUGAAAAAUCUUUUACAUCAUAUCAUGAGCGGAAAAGAAUUUGCGAUAAGUAGUGUUGGAAGAGGUAAUUUUUCUAUCAUCAGUUGCAAAUCAAGUAGAGUGAGCAAGAAAUCUCAGAUUGGUGGAUUUUUAAGUCCUGAUCAAACAGAUAGCAGUGAAACUGAACCUGAUCGCCAAGGACAAUGGUUACGAAGGCGUAGAUUGGAUGGUGCACUUAACAGAGUACCACGAGGUUUCUAUCCACGAGUUUGGCAAGUUUUAGAAAGGUGUCAAGGUUUAGCUAUUGAGGGACGUGUUCUUCCUCAAAAUCUUACUCAAGAAAUGACACCAGGUGAAUUAAAAUUUGCUUUAGCGGUAGAGACAGUUUUAAACACCAUACCGCAACCAGAAUAUCGUCAACUUGUUGUUGAAGCUUUAAUGGUAUUAACAUUGGUAACUGAACAUAAUGCAGUAGCUUCUUUAGGAGGUCUUAUUGCUGUUGAACAUUUAGUACAUAAGGCUAAUGCUAUCUUUUUGGAAGAUCAGAUGAAAGUCGAUGGUGAUGCUACUCUCUGUUGUGCCAAACCGAAAGAACAGCGUGAAACAACUGCAUUGGGAAAUCUUCUUUGUGGAGGAGCAGCUUACGUGUGCCAACACUUUUAUGAUAGUGCUCCUAGUGGUAGUUUUGGAACAAUGACAUACAUUACAAGAGCUGUAGCAUCAUUAUUAGAUUGCUUGCCAAAAGAUGGUGAUGUAGAAUGUUCAAUAUCAUAGUUUUAUUAUUGCUUGCGUCAAAAGAAGUUUAGUAAAUUUUGUUUCAAAUUUAAGAUUUUUCUUAGACAAUUUCUUUCAUAUUUAGGGUACAAUAUACAUAUAUAUGUGAAUCUUGAAUUUUAUUUUGUUUUAUCUUUCUCUAUAGGAAAGUUUUAAAUAACUACAGAUUUUAAUAAUUUCGUAAUAAUGAAAGUUCUUAAAAAUCGAUUUUAACAUCAUAUAAAGAACACUUUAUAUCACCACGAAUAAUUUAAAAAUCUAAUACCAAUAAAUUUGUAUUGUGUAAAAAUAA